AUGGUGUGGUGCCCUUCGCUGGACGCUGCCGGUAAGACUGUUCCGGCGGUUUAUGUAUUGGGCGAUUCGCUUGCAGACGUGGGGAAUAACAACCACCUAUUGACGAUCAUGAAGGCCGAUUUCCCUCACAAUGGCAUCGACUUCACCGGCGGUAAGGCCACCGGUCGCUUCAGCAACGGCAAAAACUCCGCCGACUUUAUCGCUGAAAAGCUAGGCUUGACAUCUCCACCAGCUUAUCUUUCCAUCAACUCCAGCUUUUACGCCUCUCAGGCACUCGCUGGCAUCAAUUUUGCCUCCGCCGGCGCCGGUAUCCUAGAUGCUACCCACAGCGGUGAAUGCCUAUCACUGAACAAGCAGAUAGACUACUUAUCUACUGCAUAUGCAUCAAUGGUGGAGAGCAUAGGUAAUGAGCAAGCCCAAGCGCAUCUAGCCGACUCCAUCUUUGCCGUUAUAAUCGGAAGCAACGACAUCUUCGGAUAUGUUAAAUCCAACGGCAACGCGACUCCCCAGCAGUUUGUCGGUUCUUUGAUCUACACAUUGCAAGUAAACUCACUAAGACUUCUAAACCAGAGGCUGUACAACAUUGGUGCUCGCAAGUUCUCCUUCGCCGGCACCGGCCCUGUCGGCUGCUGUCCAUCCCUGAGAAGACAAACCCAAACAAAUGCCUGCAACGCAGCCGCUAAUUCUAUCUCUGAUCUCUUCAGCCAAGCUGCAGCUUCUCUUCUCCAGGAGUUGAAGUCACAGCUCACAGACAUGAACUACUCAUUCUUCAACACCACCCUUGCAAUGCAAGAAAUCAUCCAGACUCCCACCAAUUAUGGAUUUACUGAAGUGGAGGCUGCAUGCUGUGGACUGGGAGAUCUGAAUGCUAAGGUGGCCUGCACUCCCAUCUCUUCCUACUGUUCUAACAGGACGAAUCAUGUUUUCUGGGACUUCUACCAUCCGACGGAGGCGACGGCUGGGAUCCUCGCAGCAGACUUGUUUGACGGCUCGGCGCCACACGUCUAUCCGGUUAAUCUGAGGCAGUUGAGCGCGCUUUAAGUGGGAGGAUUGCCGAUGUUUUAUGUGCGGGCUUAGGGAUGGAAGUGAAGCAUCUCGCCGAAGUUUGUGUAUGUGGAAGGAUUUGUGUUUGAUAUUUACCAUACAAAGAAGUGUGAAUUAAUGAAAUUUGUAUGUUUUUAGUCAAAUGGUGAAGUUAGGAGAGUGAGAAACGUUCAGUAAAUGUCUUGGAGCCUGAUGAGCUAAUGAGCGAAACUCCAGUCAGCCCCGACUCAACUCAUUAUCUCAUUAGUUCAUGAUUAUAAUA